CUGCGUUCAACCAGGCAGUUACUCUGGAACCGUUGCCUUGACGACACGCAGUCACGCAUGCGCAUCCGUGACAGAAACCGCGACAAUACGCGGAGCGCACCGAGUCAAAGUGUGCGCGCGCGGCAGUUUGUCCGUCACCCUCGCCUCUCCAUAUCACCGACGUUUCCACCACCAUCGUCACCGUCACCACCACCGCGCAAUACCACCACCACCACCAUCACCACCCUCGCCUCUUCGUAAGUCCUCUGUUCUCUUUUUCUCUCUUUCUCUCUUUCUCUUUCUUUUACUCUGUCUCUCCGUCUCUCGCCGCCCUCGCCUCGUGGUCCUCACCGAGCACACGCGCGCGUCAACGCAUUAACGGGAGUGUGCGCUGUCACCAUCAGAGAAACGUCAUUUCGCAGAUCUCGUGGUGGCCGACCACGAUCAUCGGCCGCACUCGAUCACCCGCUCGCUCGCGCGCGCGCGCGCUUCAGAUUCAAUAUCUUGACGCGAUAUUUUUUUCGAUGAUUGUUUACGUUCUUCGUACGAGAGUUUUAUCUCGUGUGUCACACGCGAAAAUCGCAUCCCGAAAACGAAUGCGUGUUCGAUCGUACGUCGCGAGUGUCGAUCGGAGCGAGGGCAUAGAGGUGCUUUAACGAGAAGUGGCUGUUCGAGGGAGGAGAAAGAUGUUGCACGAGUGAAAAAGAACGUUCCGACGAGCUAUCGACGAUGCUGAUCCGCUGAAUAUUACACGUCGUACAAGAAAACUUGAAUUUUUAAAGUAUCGAUCUCCAGUGAAUUAUACACAGAGAAGUGAUAUCGAGCCCGAGAUCGGACUUGUUUCUCGAGAGAACACCGAUGUCUCUGUUCAUGUCGUGCCGCGUUACCGCGAGAACUCGAAAUAAUAUCGUAAAUGACUGUUCGCGGUGCGAGCUCCAAGUCGGAGGUUUAUUUUCUCUUCUCUCGUUGAUGCUCUUCGACAGCGACGUCGGCGGCAACGUCGUCGUCGUCGAUCGUGAUACGAAAAGUAAUUUAUAACGAAUCAAUCUCGCGAUGUUCGCAGCAAAGUUCGACAAGCGCUCGAUUGUCUGGUGCGGAACAGAGUUUCGCGCACGAGACUCGUUGGAUUUGACGUUGCGCGGGACGUCAACGCGAUUCCGAUACACAUGAUCGUUGCGAUAGUCUCCUUGUAUAUCGUGUUAAGCGCGAUUUCCAGUGUGGUCACCGUGAAGUAAAAUGAAUCUCUGUCGGUGAACGAAACCAACAUCGUUUUUUUUUCUGGAAAGAAAAUACAUGACAAGAACCUUCUUCCCGAUUGCAAUUAAAAUCCGAAGAGCACAACUAUCUGAGAUUGUGACGGAAAACGUAUAAAGUUGACGGUCGUUUACGUCGCAAUGUAAAUCAAAAAAAGCGGCAUCGUGAAAAAAUUCAGUCACGAAAAAAUGACAGCGUCUCCUAUCCUCUGCUUUGAGAGAUCCGUUUUUUAAAGAGAAAAGAUUAAAAAAAAAAAAAAGAAAAAGAAAAAGAAAUAUUCUUUGUCUCCGCGGAAGAUGCCAGCGUCGUCUCGAGGUCUUUCAUCGCAAUCUGUCAGAAGGGACAAAGAGUGAUUUGUGAAUUCCUGAUAUAAAAGGAUUAUCCAAAGGAGCUGCUAAUCGGACUCCUCCUAGUUGCGCUUCCGCCGGAAGAUGAGAACGUCACGCCGAAAACUUUCUUUGCUUCUUCGAUCUAUCUGAAGAAGAAGAGAGAAGAGAUAAUUGAAGAAGAGAAAGAUCUUCAAGGAUCGUCAAGGACUCGCGCGAAGGAAGGAUCGGCGAAGAUCCUCGUAGCCGUCGGCCGGCGGGCGCGAGGCAGUUUGGAUGGUGCCGUGCGGAUUGACCCUCGGCAGAACGACGACAGAGCUGGAGCCGGAGCAGCUACGCUUUUACGACUCUCCGCCGCCGCCGUCGACGCUGCCACGGAUGGACGCGAGUGUGUGCUGUCUGCCCGCCGGUGCCGCAGCCGCCACGGGGGUUGUUGUCGCGCAGCAUCCUCAUCCGGCGUCCCUGCCGUCCGCCGUCGGUAUCCAGCCGUCGACGUUACAGCCGCCCUACGUGGCCACCCAUCAAUACGCCGCCGAUCAAAUAGUGCCCGAUCGGGCUCAACCCGACGGGCCCCUCGCGACCGUUCUCGGAUGCGACGGCGCGCAGGACACCUGGCAGCAGAUCUCGUCGUCGUCGUCGUCUUCGUCGUCGACGACGUCCUGCUCAACCGGGAUCACCGGUGCCGUAACCGCCACUACCACCGCGUACAUCGAUUACUCGUGGCUGCAGAUGCAGCAGACGUCGGAUCUGGACACGUUGCUGUGCAGGCAGGAUCUCGAUCGUCUACAGAGACUCGACGAGGAUGAGUCGGACGUCAGGGACGCGCGGGAGCCGUCGUCGGUUCACAUGGAGGACUUCUUUGAGGUCGGCGGUGCCGCGACCGUGUGCCGACCGCAGGCCAGCUUCGUCUCCGCCAGGAGCCAGCCGACGUCCGGCGGCCAGGACGACGAUGUGUUUCUCAGGCCGCCGCUCUGGGAGGACAUCACGUCGAGCAUUCAAAAACUGGACCCGGAGAACGCGGACAUGCUCGGCUCGCAGUCCCACGUGAAGAUGGAGACGCACGACGUGACGCCGUCUCCGGUCCUGUCGCCGGUGGAAAUCAAGACGGAACCGUUGCCGCCACCACCGACUCUGCAUCUUCUCGAGGGACCAACCGCAAAUCCCGCGCAGAACCACUUCCCAAACGUCUCCAGCGUUCCGCACGUCGUCCAUCAUCGAACGACGACGACGACGACAACGACGACCGCGCUCUUCAAAAGUUACCCUAACAAUAACAACAAUAACAACAAUAAUAAUAAUAACAAUAACAACAGCGGGACUGUUAAUAAUAAUAGCGCGAACGGCAACAACACCGGUAGCAAUAACGGUAGCGGCAACAAUGCGAGUAACAACAACAACGGAAGCAGCAACGGUAACAGUGAAUCGUCGACGACGAGUCAUCACCAGGGGAGCGGCAACGCGACAUCGCCGCUCUACGGCUCGAUGACGAGGCUGAUGUAUAUUUCACCGCUGACGCCACCGAUCUCCGAUCCCGGUUCGCCAAUCGGCGCCGGUCCACCCAGACGAACACCGCCGCCGCCUUAUCCGCAACCGGGCCCGAUUCUGAAUCCGGCCCACAGGAUUCAGCCGCCGUCGAUGACGGCCAAGUUCAAUCGGCGAAAUAAUCCGGAACUGGAAAAGCGCCGGGUGCACCACUGCGAUUUUAUAGGUUGUACAAAAGUCUACACGAAGAGCUCGCAUCUGAAGGCUCAUCAGCGGAUACACACGGGCGAGAAACCGUAUCAGUGUCAAUGGCCGGAGUGCGAGUGGCGAUUCGCCAGGAGCGAUGAAUUGACGCGGCACUACCGCAAGCACACCGGGGCUAAGCCCUUUAAAUGCGCGGUCUGCGAGCGCUCCUUCGCCAGGAGCGAUCAUCUCGCGCUGCACAUGAAGCGGCACCUCCCAAAGCAGCACACCAAGUGAGAGAGAAAGAGAGAGAAAAAGGAAGAAAAAAUAAGAGAAAGAAGAAAGGAGUAUUUUUUCUCCUUUGCUUUCCGUUCGUUUGGUUCUCGACUACCUGUGUUGGAGGUGCGCUACUACGUGGUUUUCGCCAUUCAGAUUUCUCGAGACGCGGAGCUUUCGAUUUUUUUUUAAUUAUAAAUCGAGUCAGUCGACGAUUAGCAAAAGUCCAAAAAUAUAUGUUUCUUUAAAUGUCUCAAGUACGUGUGUGGUGGUUUUUUAAACAGAGCAACGUCUAUGACAUCGCGCCGAUUUUUGAAAAAUUUAUAUAUAACGAAGUUUAGACGAAGCUUCUUUCUGAAUCGAUUCGCGAUCACAAUCUCACGGACGAUUCGCGUGCAAUUAAUUUUCGCUGUAUCGCUGUUUUAAUACAAAUUUCUUGUUGCGGUCUCCGACGCAUGUAUUUCAAUACCCGAUAGACAAUCUUAUUGCUCCGCAAUACAUGACGACGGAGCAUCGAUCGAACGUUCGAAGCGAAAACCAUCUCGACUCAAUCGCUUCGGUUACGCUCACCUACUGUCGGGUUAAGCGAUUAUGAUGAAACACAUCCUCGGUGUGGGUGGUGAUCGCGAGGAAAUAUUUCGUCACAGCGUUGUACAUAUAUAUACAUAUAUAUAUAUACAUAUAUAUAUUCACUCAAUCUAAGGGUGGGGGACGUUACGAUCCCCCGUUCGAUAGCUGUCAGAGAGAUCUCACAUUAGGUAGACUCGAGUUGUCAGGUAUGGUACGAAGGAAAACAAGAUAUUUCGUAUCUGACGAUAUUCUUGUGAUUUUUUGAUUAAAAAUUGUACGACAUAUCAAGAGAACGAGAUUAACUUUAUCUACAAAUUUUGCUGAAAAUUAAUGCACUUGCACUGCAAAAAAUAUUAUCCACUAUUAAUAUCGAACAUUUACAGAAUUACAUCAAUUUACACAUAAUACCUAAUAUAUGUGUAAACAAACAUCUCUGUACAAUUUCGUUAUUUAUCACGUAAUAUCUACAUUUAUUUUUUGUGUAAAUCUAUAUAAUUUAAUGUAUUUGUAGAUUUUAAUGUGCAAAAUAAAACAGAUCUUUAAAAUAUAAAUAAAAAUCAAAACUCAAAUUCGACCUCGAAGCCGUGAUCCAUUGUUGUUCAUGGUUAUAUCAAUUUUCGGAACAGAAAAAACUAUUUAUUUGAUGCUCGGGACGUUUCGAUCAUUUAUUUUUUGAUUCUCCUCGGCCAAUUUCUGGUAAACAUGUAUAAGAAGUAUUUUCAAUCAUAUGUCAACAAUCGGAGAGAGUCAACAAACAAUAACAAAGGUUCUUUCUAAAGUCAUGAUUUUGUUAUUCCAUUUGACUGUUUUCAAUUACUAGUAAAUGAUCGUAAUCACAGUGUAAAGACUGUGUAAAGACUGAUUGUUAUCCGCACAACGUUCACAGUACGAAAAUAUUUCUUGCAGAUAUGUUUACCAGAAGAUCAAAAAAUAAAUGAUCGAAACGUACCGAGCGUCAAAUAAAUAAUCUUUUUCUGUUCCGAAAAUUGAUUUACCACGAACAACAGCUGGAUCACGGCUUUGAGGUCGAAUUUUUAUAUAGAUUUUCAUAUUUUACACUUUUUUGCAGUCUAUGUAAAACCGCCAAAAAAAGUUUUCAACCAGAUUUUCUCUCUCUUUAACAUAAUCUUAGAAAAUACUUCUCCUAAAGUUAUUUUUUUUUUUUUCGAUAAUCAAAAAAAGUAUCUGUUUGCUUUGUACAUAUCUGACUCACCACGGCCCGUCGCAUUCCGAUGCUCUCGAAAUCUUCAGCGAAAAUGAUUUGCCAGAUUACAACUGUACACUAUCUCGAAAUUAUCGCUAUUUCGAAGCUGGCUGCAACUCGAAAUAUCCUGUUUGGCGUGCAAACGAUCGUAUUGCACGGUCGCGAGCUUAUAAAGUUGAGGAAGCUUAAUCCGCGUCUCUCUCGCGCGCGCGCAUCAUCCCGCAUCAUUUCGAUAUAGUCGUCGCUAACGCGAAGUUUCACGUUAUUUACCGAACCUUUUCGAUAGCAGAAACUGAUAAAUAGAGCGAGUAUCACGCUUCGUCGUUAUCACGUCUGUAUGUAAGAAGUGACAUUGAUAUCGUGAUGCGUCUUAUGUACAAAUUCGCGUAGUCUUGAAAAGAGAUAAGGUAUGUGUGUAUGUACGUAUGUGUGUAUGUGUGUGUGUGUAUGUAUUGUGUGUGACGGGCAUGCAAAUGUUGUGCUCGAACGUUGUGCUGAUGUAUACGAGUGUGUAUUUAUAUGCAUUAUUUUACACACGAGUUAAAUUAUACAUAUAUAUAUAUAUAUACAUACAUAUAUAUAUAUAUAUGUGCUUGUGUAUACGUGUAAAAAAAAACCACACAGAAAGAGAACAAAAGAUAUGCAUCUCCGAUAGCCCUGUAGCGCUAGUGUGUAACGUUAUCUGUAAUAUUACGCGGAGCGAUGGGCCGGGAAUAAAACUCGGUUUUCGCACGCGCCCCCUCUCCGGAUCCCCGAUCCGAUCCGUCGCUCUCCGUCGUUUCACUGUGCUUCGUGAAAAAGACAUAAAACAUUUCGCAGGUAAGCGCCCGAGCAGCGCAUUUUUUUCGCACGAAAAACGCAAGAGAUGUGACUUGUUAGUCAGGGACGCGAAUAAAUUAGUUAGAGACACACAAGUACUCUCAAAUCGUUGGACACUUUGCGAAACAACUUCGCGAAAAUAUUUACUUAUCACACGUUUCGUUCUAUAGAACAUAUCUCUCUUGAAGAAAAAAAUAUUCGCUUAAUUUAAUAAUUAAAUUUUUUUGAUAUUUUUUUCACAAACUUACAGAUAGCAUUUCACUUCUAAGAACCUUUGUGUAUUACCGCGAGCAAUUUUUAAAAUAAUUUUAUUCAAAACAAAAGAAAUUACGUUCGCGUUAAUUAGUUUUUUCUUAAUCCGAAACUAAGAUUGACGAAAACUAUAUUUGCUUUAUAAUAUCCUUGGAAGUGAGGUUCGGGUCCCAAAAAGUUACCAUCUGUCCCUGUAGAGAGACGACGCGCUAUAACAAGAGAAAGAGAUAUGAGGGAAUAAAGAGUAAAAGAGAAAGAACGUAUAAGCGUCAGCGAAAAGCAAUUUCGCGUUUUGGACAUUCCGUUACGUUCCGACACAAGUAUGCAAAUGUCCUAUUCUCGGGGAGAGCGCGCAGGAGGCCAAAAAUUCUGUCUGUAUAGUCCGCCGCUUUGUAUACAGCGCGCCAAUUGUUAAUUGUAAUAGUUCGAUCGAUCGGAUCGUUGUGUUAGUUGACUUAGUCGAGUGUUAGACGAAAAACGAAGGUAACAUAUCUAUUUAUAUUUGUCUGUAUCUAUUUACUAUACACCUUAUCCCGUCUCUCUCGCGCAUGUCCUUCCAAAAGAGAUCGAUUCGUUCGAAUUAUCAUCGUCGUUGUUUUUCAAUUUGUUGUACCAUAAUACAACACACGUUGUUCUUUGGUUUUUUUUCACAUCUUACCUCAUCCUCUUUGUCCUUCUUUCGCCUUUCUCUUUUUUCGCUCCUUUUUUUCUCCCGUUUUGUCCUUUUCUCAGCGAUCAACGAUUUUUCACGCGUUUUCCAGCUUGUCCCCGCUCCCGAGACUUUAUAUUACACAAUUACUUUUAAAUACGAAAUAUACCUCAUUUACAAAUAUAACGCAGCAAUAGAGUCGACGAACGCGGUUUAAAAGUGCGCUAAUCAAAUUUUGUAUGCACCGCCUAUUCUCGACCUCUCACGGUUUGUCCAUAAUGUUUUACGAAACGUUGUAAUUUGUGUGUAUGUGUGUUGUGUAAUUUAAAUAUACAAUUAUAUAUAUAUAUAUAUAUACAUAUAUCUGUAUAAUGUGUGUGGCAUAUGUUUAUACGCAUUAUUUCAUCUUAGAGUUUUUCGUACAUAUCACACAAGACUGGUAAAACAAACAAUCUACCGGUUGAUCAAGUUUUUCCUUAUAGAUUUGGUUUUAAACUUUAUAUAUUAUAAAAAAAAAUCCAUUAUCUUUUUAUCACACAUACCUAAACAUUUGCGCAUACAAUGGCUCGGAGUUUGAGUUUUAUAAUUUAAUAUUUUUAAGUAUU